GUGGACUGUUCAUCCGGAAACCUGGCAGGCCGUAGAGUUUCUCCGAAAGAACCCAAACAUCCAGGUGGUUUCGGGAGAGUAGAGCAUUCUAGGCCAAGAAAGUGGAUUGAAUACUGGCUCCUGGAAUCUCACUAAAAUUACGGGAGAUGUCCUUUGCUUCUCAGAUGUAAUGCACUUUAAGUUUGUUACUCAACAGUGAAAAUGAAUCAUACAGAGGUUAAAUUAAAAAUACCUUUUGGAAAUAAAUUACUAGAUGCUGUUUGUUUGGUACCUAACAAGAACUUAACAUAUGGAAUAAUUCUUACACAUGGAGCGUCAGGAGAUAUGAAUCUUCCUCAUUUGAUGUCACUGGCAUCCCAUCUUGCAUCUCAUGGGUUUUUUUGCCUGAGAUUUACCUGUAAAGGCCUUAAUAUUGUACAUAGAAUUAAGGCAUAUAAAUCAGUUUUGAAUUACCUAAAGACCUUAGGAGAAUACAAAUUGACAGGUGUUUUCCUUGGCGGUCGUUCAAUGGGCUCAAGAGCAGCUGCUUCUGUAAUGUGCCAUAUUGAGCCAGAUGAUGCUGAUGCUUUUGUUCGAGGUCUCAUUUGUAUUUCUUACCCACUGCACCAUCCAAAGCAGCAACAUAAACUUAGAGAUGAAGAUCUCUAUCGUAUAAAAGAUCCUGUAUUGUUUGUGUCAGGUUCAGCAGAUGAAAUGUGUGAAAAGAACUUGUUGGAGAAAGUGGCACAGAAAAUGCAAGCUCCCAAUAAAAUCCACUGGAUUGAGAAGGCAAACCAUUCCAUGGCAGUGAAAGGACGUUCAACAAAUGAUGUUUUCAAAGAAAUAAAUACACAGAUUUUGUUUUGGAUCCAGGAAAUCACUGAAAUGGACAAGAAAUAAUUGUAUUUAGCUAAAAGCCAUGUUAUUUUGGAUACAAAUACAGUUCAUUUGAUAAAGAACAGCAUACCUCUUGCAUUAUGAAAUAUUUCAGAUGAAUUUAAUGUUCCCCCAUUUUUAAAACAUGUUUUAAUUGUGAAAUUAAUGUUCUCUACAAAAUAUCUUUUGAAAGCACUGUUAUAGUUGUAUAAAGAUGAUGUACAAAUACUGAAGGUGGUCUACAUAUAAUUUAUUUUCAUUAAUAUAGUUAAGUUUUGAAAAAAUUAAACAUUUGAAUUUUGUUACACUA